AUGAAGUUGAAAACUCAUGACCUCACCAGGGUUUGAAUUUAUUUCGGCCUUAUCAGUAAGCAAAUACGCUAUUUGAAAAUGUCCAAUAGGAAAAGCACAGAAGACAGGACUGGUAAAGGAGCCGCUCCUUCUUUGAAUCAGUAUUUCGAAAAUGAUCCAGUUCCUGUGUAUUCCAACAUUUUUGAUCAAUUAUCAAAUAACGCCUCAGCCAUGAUGAGCAGUGUAAUAGACAGCAGCUCUCAGAACAUGAAUCGUGAGCCAGUUGUAACACCAGACCUUUCUACCUUGAAAUUAGAUGAUCAAUCAUCGUUGAAAAGCAAACCGUCCGAAGUAAUUGCAUCCUCCGCACUCAACUUACAGAAGGACAAAAGCAAAGAAGAACCUGUCAUCUGCCGCAUUUUCUCAUCAUCAUCAAGUGAUUCUGCCACUAGUGAAAGUAAGAAUUUUGCAACGGGUACAGCUUUCUUUGACAUGCUAAGCUCUGACUCUCCGCCCACGCCUCAGUUCGAAGAGGAAUUACCAAGUCCUGCAGGAAGAGAGUCAGCCAACAACCCACGACUGAUGCUCUCGACAUCAGAUUUUAUGCACCCGGAUGGUUCAUUUUUGGGAUCCACUUCCAAGAUGAGUGCACCAUUUUGUGAAACUGAUGGAAUAAGCGAUGAGCUUUUUAUCACAAGUGGGUCUCAUUCAACACCUGGAGGGACUGGAGAGGCUGAUCGAAGAAGGGAUGCAUGGAUCCCAUCGAAUCGCACGAGAUUAGCCUUGAUCACUGCUGCCACAUCUCCCUCAGGAAUUCAUUCGUCAGACAGAGAUUUACUCACAAUGCCGGGAGUUGUUUUAGAGGAAGACCUCGUCGAUAAUGUUGGUCAUGUUGUGAAUCUCUGUUUGGGAGAAAAUGAGGCUAUGCAGCGUAAAGUUCUAACUGUGAAUGAUGUUACACAAGAUGAAAGGGGUCUUCGAGAGCUCAUUCAAGCUGAGUGUUACAAAGCUGCGAUAAAUUUGACCGGACGCCUGCUCACAAUUUAUGGUCAGGGAAUUCGUGGAUCUAGUCAUCCGAGUAAAUUGCACACAGUUCAUUCUACUCAGCUAUGGUUCACGAGAUUUACCCUCCUUGUCAAAUUGCAGCAGUUUUCCUUGGCUUGGGAUGAAGCAGAACCAUGGCGAGAUUUGGAUCAACCUGACCUUUACUUUCAGUUCUACCCUGAAUUAUACGGUGGUCGAAUCGGAUCAAUGGUUCCCUUUUCUAUGCGCCUUCUCCUGGCAGAACUACCUCAGUACGUGAAAAAACCUGAAAUAGCUAUGGAACGUUUGCAUUCGAUUCUAGCAAUAGUAAGGCAAAUGCUCAGCAAUUUAAGCUCAAAUCGAAGUGAGGAUGGAAGUCAGCUUGAACUUUCUCAAAAUGAUAGAAUGGAAUCUAAAAAAUUUUGGGCAGCACGUGAAACCCGGAUAUUGCAUUCUAUCACAAACUGCGCUCUAUAUCAGCGUGAAUACAGCUUAGCCAUUCAGAUUGUAGAGCAAUUAUUAUUGAAACCACGGUUUGAGCCUUCGCUCCUUGUAAAACGAUCUUUAUACUCUGCCCUAGGUAGGAUUUAUCUACAGCUUGGUGAUUUAGCAGGUGCAGAAAAAUAUUUUUCCUACUCCAAAAAAAUUAAGGAAAUCUACCAAAAGGAUAACCCGAAUCAUCAAGAUAUCCGUGAGUUAGUCGAUUAUGGUCUUUUGGCGCUUGCUAAUAAUUCUUUGCAAGCAGCAUAUGAACACUUUCGGAAAGUAUCCAUCAUUGACCCUUCUAAUAUAAUGGUACUAAAUAAUAUAGCUGUUUGUUUGCUAAAUAUGGGCAGGCUAAAAGAAGCUUAUAAAUUGUUGGAAGAUACUGUUAAUAGUAACCCCGUUCUAGGAUUAAAUGAAAAAGUCUUGUUAAAUAUUUGUACGCUUUAUGAUUUAGAAUGUUUAAACACUAGUAAAUUCAAUCUUUUGAAGUUAAUUAGUAAAUAUAAAGGUGACUCGGUUAACAUUUCUUGUUUAAAUUUAGGACCUAAUAUUUGACAGUUGUCAAAAUGAGUCUAGAAGGCAUUUAAUAUUUAUUAUUUUUCUUUCCUUUGCGAUUAACUUCACCUUUCAACCAAUCCAGCUGCCAUGGUGGUAGAAAAUUUUCAUGGAGAGGGUGAAUUUUAUGGAGAGGACAACAACAAGUUGGUAACUUGAAUGAUAAGAUUAUAUAUGUACAUGUAGUGACCAAAAAAGUGGUUAUAUUUAUACAGCCCAUCAAGAUAAUGAUGUUGCAAUCACUUUUUAUGAUUUGUUUUUUGUUAGAUAAAAUCUUAAGUGAAACAAUAAGGACUGAAAAAUAAACAUUUUAUCGGAAAAUAAAUCAUUAGAAAUGUUUCAACAAGUGAGAGACUGUCAUUGUGAUGUCUUAUGUCUUGUGAUGCUUAUCAUUAUACUUUUAUUUGUUUUUUCAUUUUAA